AUGUGUUAUUAUAUUUCAUUCUUCAUUCACUCUUUUAAGUCAUAAUGUGCACUUAAGAGAUUUUAUUUCUAACACAAUAAAAUAGGACAAAAAAGUUUAAAUUUCAAUAUUUGUUUGUUUUAAGUUUAGAUUAUAUUGACUCCAAACUAUGGAGGACAUUUCUGCAGUGUUAAAUAAAAAAGCAGCGUUGGAUGUAGCAGCUCAACAAAGCGUUACUGUAACUAAAGUAUUAGACCCAGAAAUUGAUUUGGGUACACUUCUGUGUUUUGAUUCAAAUGAUUUUGAUACUCAACAACUCAGAUCAAAUCAAGAGGCAUACUUAAAAAAUGAAACUAGGAAUAAUGUGCAGUUACUAAUCAACAAAUUAUUUGAAUUGCCUAUGAAAAAUGAAGAUGGUUAUAUGUAUGUAGAUUUACCAGAACCUAGAUAUAAUUUACCCCGUGAAAAACCAUUACCAACACCUAAACCACUUACUAAAUGGCAGAAAUUUGCCAUUGAAAAGGGAAUCAAGAAAACACCUAAACCAAAGGCCACAUGGGAUGAAAUUCUACAGAAAUGGAUACCAACUUAUGGUUACAAAAAAGCUGCAGCAGACAAAGAAAAAGAUUGGAUAUUGGAAGUGCCUGGCAAUGCUGCUGAUCCAAAUGUUGAUUUAUUUGCUCAAAAGCGAGAAGCGAAAAAAGAACGUGUUGCUAAAAAUGAAUAUCAAAGGUUAAGAAAUAUAGCUGCUUCACGUAAGAUAAAAGUUCCUUCUGUUGGAUUACCACCUUUAGAAGGAACAUUACACUCAAAUCAGUUGAAAACAGCUGUUGAUGUAGCUAAAAUCUCAACAGCAUCUGUUGGUAAAUUCCAACCAAAAAUAAGCAAGGAAGUAAUAUCUAUUAAAAAAAAUAUACCGGGAUUAAAGAAAGAUAAAAUCCCAGCCAAGAGUAUGCAAGAAGAAAAAUCAAGUAGUCUUCAAAUAUUAGAAUCAAUUAACAACAAAAAACCAAAAUUCAAUUUAGAAAAAGCUGCUAAUAAAGCUAUUCAUGCAGAAGAAGUCGAGAGAGCCCGAGAGAAAAAAGAAGGAGGUGAUAAAAAGAAAGGAGGACGUUCACGCAGCAAAGGAUCAUUUAAAAGACCUACUGCUAAUACUGGCAAGCGUUUGGGAAAACAAAAAGGUGGACGUAAACGUCGAUAGUUUCACAGUUUUUUAUUUUAUUUUAAUGAUGUAUAUGUUAACUUUAUUAAUAAAAUACAAGUCUUUUUGACCUUUGUAUGAAUUAUA